AUGGAUGAAUUUGAAGUUGACAUAUUGAUUGGGGCGGACUACAUUUGGCAGUUCAUGUUAGAUCACGUAGUACGGGGGGAGCAUGGUUAUGGCCCCCCGGUAGAAAUACCGUCAACAAAUGAACACUCAUCGAACAUUAUCAUUUUACAUGUCCUUAAAACUGACAGUAUUAUCGUUGAUAGCGACAAACAUUUGAUAAACGAACUUCACAAAUUCUUGGAUAUCGAAUCAAUGGGUAUCAAAUCUAAAGAGCAAGAACUAACUUGUAGCGAAAAUCCAUUAGAGGGAAGAAUUCAUUUUAAUCAAAAACUCGGAAAGUAUGAAAUUUCGCUCCCAUUCAAGGAAGAUCAUCCUGUAAUUGCAGACAAUUAUCAAGUAGCACGUAAACGUCUUGAAAGACUGUUAAAACGUUUAAAUUCAAAACCUGAUGUUUUGCAUCAAUACAACGAAGUAAUUUCUGAACAGCUAAAUUCCGGUGUUGUAGAAAGGGUAAAGGAUACGGAGUUAUGUUUAGUUCCGGCUGGAUCCGUGAACUACAAUCCACACAGGGAGGUAGUUCAAGAAGAGCGGCAAACCACAAAACUUCGUGUCGUUUACGACGCCAGCUGUAAAGAAAACGGCGAAUUUUUGGAAAACGACUCGGAAUUUUGGCCUGUAAAUGAAAUCGCGCCCUCGCAGCAAAUCGAAAUUAAUACAAACGUUGUCGUAACUGAAAAUAACGAUCAGCUAAAUCUGAACAAAAUCAUUCCAUGCGUAAAUUACAGUAGCUACAUUCGCUUAAUACGGGUAACUGCGUUCGUAUUGAAAUUCGUGGCAAUUUUAAAAAGAAAGGUUAAAAAUUUACAAACAGACAUAAGUGACGACUUUCUGUCCAAAGUCAACAAAGCGAAAAUCAUGUGGCACUUAGAAGUGCAAAAGGUCUUUGAUCUAUCUAGAAACGAUAAAGAAAUUAGAAAUAACCCCGGAUAUUUUGUCAACAAAGAAGGAAUAAUCAGAUUAGGGGGUAGACUUCAAAAUGCAUCGAUUUCGCAUAACAGUAAAUACCCCGUAUUAUUGCCACGUCAGCAUCAUUUUACAAAAUUGGUUAUCUGGCAUAGCCAUUUAACAGUCAAACACAAUGGAGUCAACGAAACACUCGCGCAAGUACGAUCCAAUUACUGGAUUACGAAAGGUCGUCAGAUUGUAAAAUCCUUAAUUGCGGAAUGUUCCAAAUGUAAAACUAUACAUGGAAAACCAUACGAAACACCAACUGCGCCACCGUUACCUGCAUAUCGCGUAUCCGAAGAUGCAGCAUUUACCAACGUUGCAGUCGAUUUUGCAGGUCCUUUAUAUGUAAAGGAUAUCUACACCAAAACUGAUCGUUUGAAUAAAUGCUACAUUGCAUUAUUCAGUUGUGCAAAUACGCGAGCAAUACACCUUGAGUUAGUUCCCGAUCUUUUCGCAGAAACAUUCAUUCGCGCGCUUAAACGUUUUAUAGCUCGGAGAGGACUAAGCAAACUUAUCGUUUCAGACAAUGGAAAAGCAUUUCUGGAUAAAAACGUUCAAAUGUAUGCGCAAAAUAUGAACAUUCGAUGGAAGUUCAACGUUCCUACUGCCAGCUGGUGGGGCGGCUGGUGGGAAAUAUGCGUAAAAUUAACGAAAAAAUGUCUCAGAAAAACACUGGGAAACGCAAAGCUUUCGUACGAAGAACUGGAAACAGCAUUAAUCGAAACUGAAGGAAUCAUAUAUUCUAGACCAUUAACUGGUGAAGAGAUAUCGGAACCACCAUUAACGCCGUCGUGUCUUGUCAUCGGAAGAUGA